AUGUCCGUCCUCAUCGAAACUACGGUCGGUGAUCUUGUCAUAGACCUGCUCCCAGAAGAGGCUCCCCGAGCUUGUGAGAACUUUCUCAAGCUUUGUAAACUGAAGUACUACAAUUUUGCUCCAUUUUACAACAUACAACAAAAUUAUACUUGUCAAACGGGUGACCCCAUAGGCCCCACUGGAGAUGGAGGACGCUCGGUUUGGAAUUUACUGAAUGUCGGUGAUCGAUUUUUCCCUGCGGAAUUUCACACCAAUCUCAGUCACAACAGGGCUGGAACUGUAAGUAUGAGCACAGUCCCUAUUCCGGUGCACCAUGAAGAAUCGCUUGUUUGUGGAAGCCAAUUUCUCAUCACAUUCACAGAUCAUCUCGAAAGCCUGGAUGGCCGCUAUCCUAUUUUCGGUCGAGUAGCAGAAGGAUUCGAUACUUUACAAAAAAUUAAUGAGGCUAUCUGUGAUGAUGAGGGUCAACCCUUUCGAGAUAUUCGCAUUAAGCAUACCAUUUUAUUAGAUGAUCCUUUUCCUGACCCUCCUCAAUUCAUAGAGCCAACGAGGUCACCAUCUCCGACACCUCAACAACUUGCUACUGUUCGUAUUGGGGAGGAAGAACGCCUCGUUUCUGAGGAGGAUGACGAAAACAAGUUCCAACGAGAACAAGAGCAAGAGGCAGAAGCCGAAGCCGUUACUUUAGAAAUGGUUGGUGAUUUGCCGUUCGCUCAUGUCGCUCCUCCUGAAAAUGUUUUGUUCGUUUGUAAGUUGAACCCCGUUACUCAAGAUGAGGAUUUGGAACUUAUUUUUUCCCGGUUUGGUAAGAUCAAUUCCUGUCAGAUUAUUCGAGAUAAGGAUACCGGAAACAGCCUUCAGUAUGCGUUUAUUGAGUUUGAUAAUAAAGACAGUGUUGAAAAGGCUUAUUUCAAAAUGCAAAAUGUCUUAAUCGAUGACGCUCGCAUUCAUGUUGACUUUUCUCAAAGUGUCUCCCGAUAUAGGCAACAAUUAAGACGGUCUCAAGCUCAAUCUCAUUCCCAUUCUCGUCCUCGACCUCGCUCACGUUCUCCAGAUUAUAGACGAAGAGAAAGAGAUAAUCCAUAUCCUCGUCAUGGUCGUGAGCGAUCAGAAUACAAACCUCGUCAUUCUUCGCCGCGUGCCGAAGAGGACCGAGAGUACGUGAGGCGAAGAAAAAACGAAGACUCGUAUAUUCCUCGUAGUCGUCGCUUUAAUGAUGUUGAUGAUGAUCGGUACUAUCGCCGAAGAAGUCGCUAUGAUGAUGACAGACGAUCUUCCUACCGUUCUCGAGAUGAUUCAUACAGACACCGAAGCCACAGAGAACAUGAGCCUUCAAGAAGGCCCUACUAA